CUAAUCACCGGUCCAACAGCUGUUUUCCGCCCGCGUUUUAAGCUUUUUUUUUACAAAUAAUUAUUAAAAUCCUACAAAAACUAUGAGUAAUAUCGUGCAAUAUGUGGUGGUGCGGAGUGACCUGCGUUCGGCGCUCAAUUGGCCCUUGGGUGCCAUUAUUGCACAAUGCUGUCAUGCCACAGCCGCCGUGAUGCACUUGAAUGCAGACGAUGCCGACACGCAGAAUUACCUGGCGGAUCUCGACAAUAUGCACAAAGUUGUGCUGGAGGCCAAGGACGAGGCGGCGCUGAUGAAACUCGGCGAAAAGUUGAAGGAGAAUGAAAUAAAACACAAACUGUGGAUUGAGCAGCCGGAGAACAUUCCCACCUGCAUCGCAUUGAAGCCGUAUGUGAAGGAAAGCGUUCAUAAAUACGUUAAGCACCUUAAGCUCCUGAAAGAGUAAUCAAAAUGAAAGUUUCAAAAGUAAUUACUCAACUGGAUCUAGCAUGUGUCCCAUGUGCUGCGACCCUCGUGGCAGUCGACUUAAAAAUGCAUUUAACUUUUCUCGA